AUGGCUGAUCCUCCAGACAACAAGGUGCUUAAUACCACCCAAGAAGAUGAUGGUAACGUUGCUAGGUUCAGUGCACUUCCAGACUAUGUACUGCUCUAUAUCCUCUCAUGUUUCUACACAAAAAGUGCUGCAGUCACCCCAGUAUUGUCCAAAAGACGGAGAAACCUUUUUGUUUUGCUUCCUGAAAUUGAUCUAUAUUUCUUAGGGUACAAGGAUGUUCCUGACCGUGAUAGACUGCAUGUUCUCAUUAAGUGCUCUGCUGAAGUAGAUUUCAACCGAAUUUGGACUAGAGGAAUUUGGCAAUUGGGGAACUAUCCAAUGCGUGUGUUUCGAUGGACCAGGGAAUUUCAUGUGCAAAGAGAGUCAUCUCUAGUACCGGUUUGGGUAACUCUUCCAUCUCUGCCUAUUCAUUAUUUUGAUAAACACUCUUUGUUUUCCAUUCUAUCUCCAGUAGGAAAACCUUUGUUCCUAGAUUCGGCAACAGCUGCUGGGACUCGUCCUAGUGUGGCCAGGGUGUGUGUGGAGAUAGAUGUAGCCAAGCUUGUAGUCCCAAGAGUUUGGAUUGCUGUCGAAGGGGAAUCUGGUUUCUGGCAACGUAUUGUGCCAGAAAACAUCCCUCCAUAUUGUUCUAUUUGCUCGCGUUUAGGACAUUCUCAUGUUGAGUGCAAAAAGAAUUUGGAUAAGUUAGGGUCUCGGCAACAGCCCAUGAAGAUGCAGCAGGACUCACAGUUAGCUGGAAAUCAGGUUAUUAUUCUUCAACCUGAUAAUAACUCAGCUGGUAAUGCGAAUGAAACAACAGAUUCUGUGGUUUCUUCUCAUGAAAAGCGUAUUACUGCUACGCUGGAUGGAAGGAAAAAUUUUCCAGGUACAACGAACAAGGCAUCUGGAUCUGUUUUGCAAGAUGAGGAAGGGGACUUUCAGCAAGACUUCGGUGUCCACACUACUGUGGUUGAAGAAGAAACCCAACCUGAAUCACCUAAUGUAAAUGGAUACAUGGAGAAUGCGGCAAUGCAUGGGGGACAAACGGUAAUGGGAAACCAGCUGGAGGAGCACCUUGGUCUUCAAAGUGAAGGGACCCAGCCUCUUAAGGAGAAAUCUUUGACUAAUGAACAAGAGCAGCUGGCCGAAAUUAAUGAUUUAAGCAUUGAACAACAUAAUCUGUCCGACAACAAUGAUAUCGAUGGAAAUCAAUUGCUGGCCGACAAAAAAGAUUUGCAGCACCUCUAUGUUGAAUUACACGGCGUAGAAGAUGUAUCUUCCACACAACAUGGGGAAAAUUUACCUAUCUUGACUAAUAUUGCAGGAAAUUUGUCUCCACGAAUAGGGGUCCCACAAGAAAAGAUGCAGGAAUCGUCAAUGCAUGCUCUAAACAUUGAUCAAUCCGAGGAGCUUCAUUGUGAUUUUCGACAAAUGCGGAAGAAGGGUGUGCGGGCUCCUUUCCCAUCUGACAGACAGUUACGUUCGGAUCAGCAUAUCACUCUGGAUAUUCAAAGUCCAUUGCUUCCUAGUCAAAUUGUCAUGUCCUUUAUUCAUGCAAAGUGUUCAGUGGAGGAGCGCAAAGAUUUAUGGUGUUCAUUAUUACAUGAUAAGCCUAGUUUACUUCCUUGGUGUAUUGGGGGUGAUUUUAACGUAAUAUUGGCACCUCAUGAAAAACGGGGGGGGCGUCCAUUUGCUAUAGCUGAGGGCGCGGAUUUCAUGUCUUUCAUGGAGGAGGCUGAGGUCUUCGAUGUAGGAUUCUCAGGAGCUAGUUUUACAUGGUCUAAUAAUCGGCGGGGUAGCGCUCGUAUUUCAAAAAGGUUGGACAGAUUUUUAAUCAAUGGAUCUUUCUUGGAUCUCUCUAACAAAAUCUUUGUGCUUCACUUGGCAAGACAUCCCUCGGAUCAUGCACCAUUGAAGAUUACGUUUGCGACCCGAUCGGAUAAUAAACCUCGGCCAUUCCGCUUCUUAAAUGUCUGGACUACAAAACCACAAUUCCUGGAUGUGAUUCGCCAGGCUUGGAAUCAAGAUGUAGGGGGAUCUCCAUUGCGCGUUUUGUGCUCCAAAUUAUUGGCCACGAGAAGGGCUAUUCAAACAUGGAACAAGCAACACUUUGGGAAUGUUAUUGAUGCUGUUCGUUAUGUGGAAAUGGCGGUCCAUAGAGCAGAGGAGGUUGCGGAUCAAGAUUAUUGA